AUGGGGGCCGGUGGGGUUUCCCCCCAAGCCCUGCUGUGGCUAAACCUGUUGGGCUUGAUCUCUCUGGCGUCGCCCCUCAAUCCAGAUGACCCCAACGUGUGCAGCCACUGGGAGAGCUAUGCAGUGACUGUGCAGGAGUCCUACGCCCACCCGUUCGACCAGGUCUACUACACCCGCUGCACCGACAUCCUCAACUGGUUCAAGUGCACCAGACACAGGAUCAGCUAUAAGACGGCGUACAGAAGAGGCGUGAGGACCAUGUACAGGCGGCGCUCUCAGUGCUGCCCAGGCUUCUAUGAAAGCGGAAACCUGUGUGUUCCCUUGUGCACUGAGGAGUGUGCCCACGGACGCUGUGUGUCCCCUGAUACCUGCCAGUGUGAGCCCGGCUGGGGAGGGCUGGACUGCUCCAGCGGCUGCGAGAGCGACUUCUGGGGGCCCCACUGCAGUAACCGGUGUCAGUGCCGGAACGGGGCCAAAUGCAACCCGAUAACCGGAGCCUGCGUCUGCACCGACGGCUACCAGGGCUGGCGCUGCGAGGAGCCCUGCGACCCCAGCUUCUACGGCAAGGACUGCACGCUGGAGUGCCAGUGCCUCAACGGCGCCACCUGCCACCAUCAGACCGGCGAGUGCCUGUGCGCCCCCGGAUACACCGGGGCCUUCUGUGAGGAGCCGUGUCCUCCGGGCAAACACGGCUCUCUGUGUGAGCAGCGCUGCCCCUGUCAGAACGGAGGAACCUGCCACCACGUGACCGGAGAGUGCUCCUGUCCCGCCGGCUGGGUGGGUCCCGUCUGCGCUCAGCCGUGUCCAUUCGGGUCAUUCGGCAUUAACUGCUCUCAGGAGUGCACGUGUCGUAACGGAGGCCUGUGCGACCACAUCAGCGGCCAGUGCCAGUGCACCGCCGGCUACAUCGGAGAGAGAUGCCAGGAUGAAUGUCCGGUCGGCACCUACGGGCCGCAGUGUGCCCACAAGUGCGACUGUCAGAACGGGGCCAAGUGCUACCACAUCAACGGGGCCUGCCUGUGCAACGAGGGCUUCAAGGGCCCCAGCUGCCAGGACCGCUUCUGUCCCACAGGCCUCUACGGACUCAUCUGUGACAAAUACUGUCCCUGCAAGGCUGCAAACACACUCAGCUGUCACCCUCUGUCAGGCGAGUGCACCUGUGCAGCGGGAUGGGCGGGGCUGUACUGUAACGAGACCUGUCCGGCAGGUUACUACGGCGAGGGCUGCAGAGAGCCGUGUGCCUGCGCCAACGGAGCCGACUGCGACGGCAUCACCGGAGCCUGUGUGUGCGCUCCAGGAUACAUCGGCGACGACUGCUCCAUCAGCUGUCCCGCGGGCCUCUACGGGACCAACUGCACCUCCUCGUGCUCCUGCCACAACGAGAUCUCCUGCUCGCACGCCGACGGCUCCUGCAUCUGCAGAGAAGGUUGGCAGGGCGUAGACUGCUCCAUCCCCUGCUCCAGCGGUACCUGGGGCCUGAGCUGCAACCAGACGUGCCAGUGUGCCAACGACGCAGCCUGCGACCCCGUCAACGGAACCUGCACCUGCUCCCCGGGCUGGAGGGACGAGUACUGUGACGCGCCGUGUCCCGAGGGAUCGUACGGGCUGGACUGCAGAGAGAGAUGUGACUGUGUCAACGCUGACGGCUGUGAUCCCGUGACCGGCUUCUGUCGCUGUCUCGCAGGUUGGACAGGUGUCCACUGUGACAGUGUGUGUGAGGAAGGACGCUGGGGACCCAACUGCUCCUACAGCUGCACCUGUGAGAACGGGGGCUCCUGCUCCCCAGAGGACGGCACCUGUGUGUGUGCUCCCGGCUACCGAGGCACCAACUGCCGACGAACGUGUUCUCCUGGUUUCUACGGCCACCGCUGCAGCCAGUCGUGUCCUCAGUGCAUCCACAGCGACGGGGCGUGCCACCACAUCACCGGCCAUUGUGAAUGUCUCUCCGGCUUCUUCGGCUCGCUCUGUAAUCAAGUGUGUCCCAGUGGAAAGUUCGGUAAAGCCUGCGCCGAGGCCUGUUUGUGCACCAACAACGGCACCUGUAAUCCCAUCGACGGCUCCUGUCAGUGCUACCCCGGAUGGAUCGGCGACGACUGCUCCAAAUCAUGUCCUCAGGGCUCGUGGGGCCCAGACUGCAUCCACACAUGUAACUGUCACAACGGAGCCCAGUGCAGCGCGACAGACGGGGAGUGUAACUGCAGCCCUGGAUGGACGGGACUCUACUGUACUCAGCGCUGUCCCACGGGUUUCUACGGCUCCCAGUGCGCCGAAGUGUGUCGCUGUCAGAACGGAGCGGACUGCGACCACAUCAGCGGACAGUGCUCCUGCAGGACGGGCUUCAUCGGACAGAGCUGCGAGCUCAAGUGUCCUGCGGGGACGUUCGGUUACGGCUGCCAGCAGCUGUGCGAGUGUAUGAACAACGCCACCUGCGACUACGUGACGGGAACCUGCUACUGCAGCAUCGGCUUCAAAGGCAUCCGCUGCGACCAGGCGGCUCUGAUGAUGGAGGAACUGAACCCCUACACCAAGAUCAGCCCGGCUCUGGCGUCAGAGCGCCAGUCGGCCGGCGCCGUGCUGGGCAUCAUCUUCCUGCUGCUGCUCAUCAUGGCCAUGCUCAGUCUGGUGAUCUGGUUCCGCUACCGGCAGAGAGAGAAAGGCCACCACGUGCCGAGCGUCACCUACACGCCGGCCCUGCACAUCAACUCCACCGACUACUCGCUCUCAGCAGGGCUGCAGUGCACGGGCCUGCUCUCGUCCGCAGAGUCCUCCCCCAAUAACAGCUCUGUAGGCGGCUGCUUCUCCAACCCCAGCUACCGCACCCUGGGGCCCUGCAGCUACGCCGCUCACUACGCCAAGCCAGACAAGAGGAGCUCCGCCAAGAUGAAGACGAAGAAGCGACACAGGAACAGUGCUCCGGAGUGGGGGGCCUACUGUAACCUCGGUGAGCUGGGUGUUUACUGCAUCGACCGGCGUUACAGCUACCACGUGGAGCCGCGUUACAGAGACUACAUGAAGGGCUCCUUGUCCAGCACCUGCUCCCUCAACAGCGAGAACCCGUACGCCACCAUCAACGACCCGCCUGCCCUGUGUAAGCACUCCGAGAGCAGCUACGUGGAGAUGAAGUCACCGGCGCACCAUGAACACAUGACACACUGCUGCUCCGCCGCCAUCAUCGCCACCACCACAACCACCACCACCACCACCACACCCGCCAAGAACGUCUACGACAUGGAGCCAACCAUCAGCAUCGUGCAGGGGGCCGGCGGCGUGGCGCCUCCCAGCUACCCCCAGAACCCGUACGACCUGCCCAGGAACAGCCACAUCCCCAGCCACUAUGACCUGCUGCCUGUGCGCCCCAGCCCCUCCCACAGCCACAGCCUCGCCCUGCACAGCCACAGCCCCCCGCUGCCCGGCAGCCCCACCAGCUCGCUGCUCUAGACCCCCAGCACCCAGACUGGACACUGGACCAGUGCUCCCAGUUCACCCACAGCCAGGAAACUGUGAGCGGGGACAGGAAGUGGA